AUGAAACACAGUACGCAUGAGCUUGUAAUUUUUAACGAACCACUUUCCGUUAUUAACAAAUCAUUGACUGAGGGUUUUGUGAGUAAACUAGAUGCAGCUAAAAGUACUGUUUAUAUUGUUGUUGAAUAUUUAUCUCCAACAAAUCGUAGAAAAGAUGAAGAGUAUUUGCUAAAUCUAUUAGUAAGAAAUUCAAUACCAGGCUAUUAUAUUGUUAAUGCAAAACGAAAUAUGAUAGCACAAUAUAUAUUAAGAUCUGGACAAACAUAUGCGAAACAUAUUAUCGAUACAUCUGAUUUAGAUUCAAUAUUUACAUUAAAACUAUUGGAUAUCAAAGUGCAGAAUAGAUUAAUUAAUGCGGCUGUUUUGAAACCUUUCAUUUGGAUAUUUCGACCUGUUUAUUCGGUCAUUUUCAACAUACUAACAACAAAAAACAGCAACAUAACCUAUAUAUGGCUCUU